AUGGCUGGCUAUGAUGGAGAUGAGGUGCUUGCGGGAGAUCACACUCUCAAUCUCACAGCGCCUUUUGAUACCGAGAAGCACCACGAGAUCGUGGACGUGGUUGAUCUUCUGCCCGGCCCCAUCUGGCACAUCAUCUUCCGCCACCUGCUGCUGGGCAAAUCACACGAGGGACGCAGAAAGCAGCAGGACUUGGAGCCCAUGACGCGGCGUCUCAACCGCCUAGACCCCGCGCCCACACGUCCCUCGGGAGCGCUCUCUGUGUUCCUCCAGCACGCCCCCCACGCGCCCCUCAAUUUCGUUCUCAGCGACUCCCGGGACCUGCGCUGCCUCGGCCCUCCCGUGGGUCCCUCUGCGCGCUCCCUCACAAGCCUGGGCCUUGGGCUCAAGGAGCCUCCACUUGAAAAAAAUAAACCUACUCGUAUUAAGGGACGGAGGCUGAAUCCAGACUUUUUUGAAGUGCAUAGUUUCAGUUUUGAGGAGAAUCAGCAGAUGUAUCCGGGCGUCCUUGAGGGGUUUGAGCAGCUGCAGCGGCUGAAGCUGGGCCAUGGGUUGUGGCAACUAGGCAAACUGAAUCCGGCGAGGUUCCGGGCUUUAAGGAGUCUGAGCAUCCUCGAGUGUGAUGGAAAUGAUCUGUCCUUUCUCUCAUCCCUCGCACCGCAGCUGCAUGAACUCACUCUCGCCUCCUCCAAUCCUGGCUCUGGUUCGACCACCCUCGAUUUCAACCUCACCGCUGCUCGAGCUAUCACAGUCUGCUUUGACAGACAAGCGCUCCACCUCCGCUGCGCCCUGCCUGCCUCUUUGAAGAGAUUCUCUGCCGCUGCGUGGUCUCUUAACGUGGAUUGCACAUGCAACAGCCGCCUCUCUCUCGACUCACUCUCUCUCAUUGGCCGCUCGCAGCUUCUCGUUUCUUCGCUCCCAUUGGCUUCGGCUGUAACCGUCUACUUGAAUGGACCAACCAGUCGAGAAAACCAGCAGCUUGCUUUUCCCUGUUCCGACCUCGAAUCCCAACGCGCCUUGACCAACCUGCUCAGCAGCAUAGCGCCUACAGUGGAGACACUUGUAUUGAGGUACGGCUGGCCGUUGGAGGGCGUGCGGGUGGAGUGGAGCCAGCUGCGGCACCUCAGCGUUGGUGCUUUGGAGGGGAAGAAGAGAGCAGCAGCAGCAGCAGCAGCAGCAGCAGCAGCAGCAGCAGCAGCAGCAGCAGCAGCAGCAGCAGCAGCAGCAGCAGCAGCAGCAGCAGCAGCAGCAGCAGCAGCAGCAGCAGCAGCAGCAGCAGCAGCAGCAGCAGCAGCAGCAGCAGCAGCAGCAGCAGCAGCAGCAGCAGCAGCAGCAGCAGCAGCAGCAGCAGCAGCAGCAGCAGCAGCAGCAGCAGCAGCAGCAGCAGCAGCAGCAGCAGCAGCAGCAGCAGCAGCAGCAGCAGCAGCAGCAGCAGCAGCAGCAGCAGCAGCAGCAGCAGCAGCAGCAGCAGCAGCAGCAGCAGCAGCAGCAGCAGCAGCAGCAGCAGCAGCAGCAGCAGCAGCAGCAGCAGCAGCAGCAGCAGCAGCAGCAGCAGCAGCAGCAGCAGCAGCAGCAGCAGCAGCAGCAGCAGCAGCAGCAGCAGCAGCAGCAGCAGCAGCAGCAGCAGCAGCAGCAGCAGCAGCAGCAGCAGCAGCAGCAGCAGCAGCAGCAGCAGCAGCAGCAGCAGCAGCAGCAGCAGCAGCAGCAGCAGCAACAGCAGCAACAGCAGCAACAGCAGCAACCUGUUCAUCAAUGCUCCGAACCUGUAGUCUAUUUACUAUGCCUCUGAGGAGUGGCAACCGGGCAUUCCAGCUUCUCUGUGCAGGCAGUUCCCUUGUCUGGUAUCGUACAGCGUUGAAGAUCCAUCGUCUCUCUAUCAUGUGA